UAACACAGAUUCACGGUGCAAUAAACGGGUGUGAUAAAAAUGUGACAUUACGCGUAAUCCCCUCCGGCGCGUAAUGAUGCGCUCUGGCGCUUGGAGACUCGCGGGUAUUCCUCCAGGGACGAUUAGUCAGGGACAAAUCAGAAGUUUCUGUGGAGAUGCGUUCUGUUGUGCGUGAAGCAAAGCUUUGCGCUUCCCAGUCAACGGUGCCAAAAUCAGACAGACGGAUGGAUUUCAUGCUUUGCGAGAUCGAUGGAUAAACAGAGGGAAAGAUGGAUGGUGGCGUCUCUAGUAGGGUGACAUCAGAAACGUGCAUGCCACCAGAAACGCACACAAUUUUCCAGGAACGCUGAGAAACUGUUGCUGUUUCUUAUUGUUUUUGUGUUUUUAUUUAAGUGUGAUAACAUGCUGCAGACAACUGACAACAAGAUACACGUGGCCAAUAACCUGAUGGACAUGGACCAGGACCCUCGCAAACGGCUGUGCUUUGCUGACGGCCGAAGGAAAGUGGACUAUGUGCUGGUGUACCACUAUCGAAAACGCUCCUCCGUCAGGGGGUCUCCUAGUCAACACAGACUGUCCAUCAUCUCCAAUGGUAGUUAUCCUUUAGGAGUGGAGGAAAAAGACCCAGAGGGAGGGAAGGAUGAACCUGCAGAGGUGGUGGUGGACGUCGAACCCCUAGACCCUGCUGAUGGGGAGAAAAUCAUGAUCCGAGAGGAGUUCGAAGGCAAUUUAAAGGAUGCUGGGCUGGAAAUUGAGUGUGAUAAAGAGAACAAGGCUCAUGGUCAUGCUUUCAUUCGGCUACAUGCGCCUUGGCAGGUGUUGAGCAGAGAGGCAGAGUUUCUCAAGAUCAAGGUGCCCACCAAGAAGAGUUAUGAGUUGAGGGAAGAAAAAGGUCUGGCUGCCACCAUGAAUGAAGUGUGGCGGAAGUUAAAUCAACCGUUCCAGCCCAAAGUACCCCAUCAGGAGCAAGAACACAGCCGUACCAAGUUCCUUUCGCACUGUUUCUCCCGGGACAAGCUCCACCUGUACAACAUCAAUUCAAAGGACACCUUCUUCGACAAUGCCACAAGGAGCCGAAUAGUGUAUGAAAUCCUCAGACGCACCGCCUGCACACGGACCUGCCAAACCAUGGGUAUCACCACACUGAUAGCCAACGGGGUUUAUGAUUCAGCGUUCCCUCUACACGAUGGAGACUUCCACCCCAGUGGACAAGCUGAGGGGAAGAACGACAGACAACUGUUACAUGAUGAAUGGGCAAGAUACGGUGCUUUUUACAAGUAUCAGCCUGUUGAUCUUAUCAGGAAGUACUUUGGGGAGAAGAUAGGUCUCUACUUUGCCUGGCUUGGUGUCUAUACUCAGCUUUUGAUCCCUGCGUCUGUGGUGGGCAUCAUUGUGUUCUUCUACGGCUGGGCCACUGUGGAAACAAACAUACCUAGCCAGGAGAUGUGUGAUGAGGAUCAGAACUUCACUAUGUGUCCCCUCUGUGAUCGAGCAUGUGACUACUGGCAUCUCAGCACAGCUUGUGGCACGGCACGUGCCAGCCAUCUCUUUGACAACCCGGCUACCGUGUUCUUCGCCAUCUUCAUGUCCGUCUGGGCUGCCAUGUUUCUAGAGCACUGGAAGCGCAGACAAAUCAGUCUGAACUAUAGCUGGGAUCUGACAGGCAUGGAGGAGGAGGAGGAACAUCCCAGACCCAAAUAUGAAACGAUUCUCCUUCAAAAAAAGCAGAGGAAGAAGAAAAAUAAAAAGAACAAAAACGAGAGUGGACAUGAGAAGCUAACAUGGAGGGACAGACUGCCUGGAUAUUUAAUCAACAUUUCCUCCAUUCUGUUCAUGUUUGGAGUGACUUGCUCUGCCGUCUUCAGUGUCAUCAUCUACCGCAUCACCAUCUCCGCCCUAAUGGCCAUGAGUCCGGAUCCAGAGGUCAAGUCCAACGUACGGGUGACAGUCACAGCCACUGCUGUCAUUAUCAACCUGGUGGUCAUCCUCAUCCUGGAUGAGAUCUAUGGCAUGGUGGCUGCCUGGCUCACAGAACUGGAGAUCCCAAAAACGGAAACCAACUUUGAGGAGCGUCUGAUUCUGAAGGCGUUCCUCCUGAAGUUCAUGAAUGCCUAUGCACCCAUCUUCUAUGUGGCCUUCUUCAAAGGGAGGUUUGCAGGCCACCCCGGUGACUAUGUUUAUGUCUUCAAUGACUACCGUAUGGAAGAGUGUGCUCCUGGUGGCUGUCUAAUUGAACUCUGUAUCCAGCUCAGUAUCAUCAUGUUGGGAAAGCAGCUUAUUCAGAAUAACAUCUUUGAGAUCGGCAUUCCAAAGCUGAAGAAGCUGUGCCGCACACUCAAGGACAAAGAGCGGGCGCCCAAGGAGAUUGUGGAGCAGCCGGGUCGCCGUCAGCAGUGGCACCUGGACUACGACCUGGAGCCUUUUGACGGACUCACACCUGAAUACAUGGAGAUGAUCAUUCAGUUUGGUUUCGUGUCACUCUUUGUGGCCUCAUUCCCACUGGCUCCGCUUUUCGCUCUCUUAAACAAUGUCAUCGAGAUCCGCCUCGACGCCAAGAAGUUUGUCACGGAGCUUCGCAGGCCAGAUGCCAUUAGGGCCAAAGAUAUCGGUAUUUGGUACAACAUCUUGAGUGGUUUGGGAAAGUUCUCGGUCAUCAUCAAUGCCUUUGUCAUCUCCUUCACGUCAGAUUUCAUCCCUCGCUUGGUCUACCAGUACAUGUACAGCGAGACAGGGACCAUGCAUGGCUUCAUCAACCACACGCUCUCUUACUUUAAUGUCAGCAACUUUAAACCUGGAACUGUGCCUUCCAUCUCCAGUCUCGGCAAAGACGUUACAUUCUGCAGGUACAAGGACUACAGAGAACCACCAUGGUCAACUGAGCCUUACCAGUUCUCCAAACAGUAUUGGUCGGUUCUUGCGGCUCGGUUAGGUUUCGUCAUAUUGUUUCAGAACCUGGUAAUAACCAUGAGCAUGCUGGUGGCCUGGGUGAUCCCGGACGUGCCCAAAAACAUCAGCGAGCAGCUGAAGAAGGAGAAGACUCUUCUGGUGGAUGUCUUCCUGAAUGAAGAAAAGGAGAAGUUGCAGUUGAUCCAGAGCUUGUUCUCUAGAGAUCUGAUACAAGAACAGCAGAAGGAGCAGCAGGUGUCGGAUCAGACCUCGCUGCCUCUUCAGCAAACCCAACCCGAGCCGGUCCCUCCCGCUACGUCCCCGGCCUCCACAACUCCUCGCACCCGACCCCGAGCGGCAAGCUUCAGCCAGUUCACCCGCCAGAUGUCCAUGUCUCCCCAAAGCAACAUAACCCAACACACAGCCGUGUGAGGGAAGUCGGGCGAGAGAAGAUGAGUCUGGAGUGCAUUUCACAGUGCCUGAGUGCUGGAUUUUUGAGGAUUUGCUGAAGUUUGAGGCUCUGAGUUUUGGGAAUCAGGUGACCUCGAUCCUAUGUUCCUGUUUUUUUGUACCGGAGAAUGAGGGGUCACUCCUUUUGGUCACUGAACUGUAGUCUGAAUGUCUGUCUUGCAGGCUCCACAUCUGGUU